ACUUGAAAUGCAGGGAACGUUGAAGGCUUUACACCGGGCUAUUAUCAUCGUCGUCGGAGGCGGAAUGAUUACGAAACUGCGGUUGACAAUAAACCUCUGUCUCCUUUUAUGUUAAUUGCAUUCGUUUCCCUGAUUUUCGCCGAUUCCGACCAAAGUCUGCUGCAACGAUUGCCAAAGAUGUCAUAGUGUUAGCCAAGCGAAUUACCAUUAUGUAAAUUAAACGUCCUUGAUGAAACUGGUAUCGAAAUAUUAUCUUUCAUCAGAAGCAUCAUCAAUAUUUAUCAGCUUUUAAAGAUAAAGGAAGAUUCUGUAUAAGAAAUAUGAUACUUGUAUAAAUCUGGGGAAGCAUGGCAAAAUGUUUCACUCUGGGUGAGAUUAUUAGCAACAUUUUUGAAGGCCACCGUCUGGAAUGAGAACAAAAUUCUACAUUCUAAAUAAAUAUAUUUAUAAAUUACUUUACAUCAUCUUCAGAUAUUGGUAAAGACUGCAGCUGAUGGGAAUAUAACUGAAGGAAUACUUGUUAAAAAUAAUUUAUAAAAAGAAAAACAAGUGAAGUGUUCUUAUAUUGUGGAGAAAUAAGAAAAACUUAUGUUAUGAGUUAAAAGGUUGCUUUAAAUGUUUGUCCUUCAGAAAUGGCCAAAAAAUUAGGAAAGCCUUCAUAUGAAUGUGAUAUCUGUAAAAAGUUAUUCACUACAAAAGGUCAUCUUACUACUCAUAUACGUAUUCAUACGGGAGAGAAACCAUAUCACUGUGAUAUCUGUGGUAGAUCAUUCUCUCGAACCGAUGAAUUAACCACUCACAAACGUGUCCAUACAGGAGAGAAACCAUAUAAAUGUGAUAUCUGUGGUCAGUCAUUUACACGUAGAGAUAUUUUAACUACACAUAGACGUAUUCACACAGGAGAGAGACCGUAUCAGUGUGAUAUGUGCAGUAAAUCGUUCUCCAAACGUAAUAAUUUAGCUGAUCACAAACGCAUUCAUACUGGAGAAAAACCAUAUCAUUGUGACUUUUGUGGUAGAUCAUUCAAUCAAAAUAAUCAGCUAAUUAAACACAAACGUAUUCAUACAGGAGAAAAGCCCUAUCACUGUGAUAUCUGUGAUAAAUCAUUCUCUCGAAAUGAUAAGCUAACUGCUCACAAACACAUCCAUACAGGAGAGAAACCAUAUCAGUGUGAUAUCUGUGGUAAAUCAUUCCCUCGAAAUAGUGCCUUGACUGAUCAUAAACGCAUUCAUACUGGAGAAAAGCGAUUUCAUUGUGAUGUUUGUGGUAAAGCAUUUGUUCAAAGUAAUGUUUUAAAGGGACAUAUACGCAUUCAUACUGGGGAAAAACCAUAUCAUUGUGAUAUCUGUGGUAAAUCAUUUGCUCAAAGUACUGAUGUAACUGUACACAAACGUAUUCACACUAAAGAAAAGCCAUAUCAUUGCGAUAUCUGUGGUAAAUCAUUCUCUCGCAGAAAUUAUGUAACUAAGCAUAAAAGUAUUCAUACAGCUUCAAGACUACAUCACUGUAAUAUCUGUGAUAAAUCAUUCUCUCAGCAUGAUGAAUUAACUAAUCACAUAUGUGUUCCUCCAUCAGUCCUUGAUGAAACUGGUAUCGAAAUAUUAUCUUACAUCAGAAGCAUCAUCAAUAUUUAUCAGCUUUUAAAGAUAAAGGAAGAUUCUAUUGCUUUAAAUGUUUGUCCUUCAGAAAUGGCCAAAAAAUUAGGAAAGUCCUCACAUGAGUGUGAUAUCUGUGGAAAGUUAUUCACUACAAAAAGUCAUCUUACUACUCACGUACGUAUUCAUACAGGAGUGAGACCUUAUCACUGUGAUAUCUGUGGUAGAUCAUUCUCUCAAUGUACUGAAUUAAAUAAUCACAAACGUGUUCAUACAGGAGAGAGACCUUAUCACUGUGAUAUCUGUGGACAAUCAUUCACUUGUAGUAAUGUUUUAACUACGCACAGACGUAUUCACACAGGAGAGAAACCGUAUCAGUGUGACAUUUGUAGUAAAUCAUUCCGCAAUAGUACGAACCUGACUGCUCACAAACGUAUUCAUACUGGAGAAAAACCAUAUCAUUGUGAUUUUUGUGGUAAAGCAUUCUCUCGGUCUACUGAAUUAACUACUCACAAACGUGUUCAUACAGGAGAGAAGCCAUAUAAAUGUGAUAUCUGUGGUCAGUCAUUUACACGUAGAGAUGUUUUAACCAGACACAGACGUAUUCACACAGGAGAGAGACCUUAUCAGUGUGACACGUGUAGUAAAUCAUUCCCCAAUAGUACAAACCUGACUGCUCACAAACGUAUUCAUACUGGAGAAAAACCAUAUCAUUGUGACUUUUGUGGUAGAUCAUUCGUUCAAAAUAUCCAGCUAAUUAAUCACAAACGUAUUCAUACAGGAGAAAAGCCCUAUCAAUGCGAUUUGUGUGAUAAAUCAUUCUCUCGAAUUGAUACUCUAACAGUUCACAGACACAUUCAUACAGCAGAGAAACCAUAUUGGUGUGAUAUCUGUGGUAAAUCAUUCCCUCGAAAUCGUGCCUUGAUUGAUCACAAAUGCAUUCAUACUGGGGAAAAGCGAUUCCAUUGUGAUGUUUGUGGUAAAGCAUUCGUUCAAAGUAAUGUUUUAAAGGGACAUAUACUCAUUCAUACUGGGGAAAAACCAUAUCACUGUGAUAUCUGUGGUAAAUCAUUUGCUAAAAGUACUGCUGUAACUCUACACAAACAUAUUCACACUAAAGAAAAGCCAUAUCAUUGCGAUAUCUGUGGUAAAUCAUUCUCUCGCAGAAAUUAUCUGGCUAAGCACAAGAGUAUUCAUACAGCUUCAAGACUACAUCACUGUAAUAUCUGUGAUAAAUCAUUCUCUCAGCAUGAUGAAUUAACUAAUCACAUACGUAUUCAUACCAAAGAAAAACCAUUUCAUUGUGAUGUGUGUGGUAAAUCCUUUUCACACAGUAAUUCCUUAACUGAUCACACUCGUAUUCAUACUGGAGAGAGACCAUAUCACUGUGAUGUCUGUGGUAAAUCAUUCCCUCGGAGUAAUUCUUUGAGUGAUCAUAAGCGCAUUCAUACUGGAGAAAAACCGUAUCAUUGUGAUAUUUGUGGUAAAGCAUUUAUUCGGAGUAAUGAGUUAAAGGUCCAUAAACGUAUUCAUACAGGAGAAACGCCAUAUCAUUGUGAUGUCUGUGGUAAAUCAUUCUCUCAAAAUAAUUCCUUGACUAAUCACAAACGCAUUCAUACUGGAGAGAAACCAUAUGAUUGUGAUAUCUGUGGUAAAUCCUUCUCUAGAAAUAAUUCCUUGGCUGAUCACAAACGCAUUCACACUGGGGAAAAACCAUAUCAGUGUAAUGUCUGUGGUAAAUCUUUCUCUCAGCAUGCUGCUGUAGCUGUACAUAAACGUGUUCAUGCCAGAGAAAAGCCACAGCAUUGAUGUAUCUGUAGUAAAUUAUUUCCUUACUGUAUAAUCUGUUAACUAAACACAAAGGUAUUCACAUGGGUGGAGAAAAAUGAUCUUACUGUAAUGUCUGGUAAAUUUUUCUGUCAAACUGAUUUAGCUAUUCACAUCUGUAAGCUCACAUGAGAGAAAGAACUUCAUUCUGAUAUUUGUGACUGUGAUGGGUGGGAGACUAAAAA